AUGAUUGUGAAAGUUGAAUGCACCAAUGACUUACUUUUAGUGGUGGAACUACCUCUAAUUGUUGUCAUUCCCAGGCCCAGUUUUACAUGUGGAGGAGUUGUAUCUGGAGAGUCCGGCUUUAUUGGAAGUGAAGGAUUCCCUGGAGUCUACCCUCCAAACAGCAAGUGUACUUGGAAAAUCACAGUCCCUGAAGGAAAGGUGGUAGUUCUUUCUUUUAGGUACAUCGACUUGGAAAGUGACAAUCUGUGCAGAUAUGACUUUGUAGAUGUGUAUAACGGCCAUGCCAAUGGACAGCGUCUUGGCAGGUUCUGUGGUACUUUCAAACCAGGUGCUCUUGUUGCCAGUGGCAAUAAGAUGUUGGUGCAAAUGAUUUCAGAUGCCAAUACAGCUGGAAAUGGAUUCAUUGCCAUGUUUUCUGCAGCAGAACCACAUGAAAGAGGGGACCAGUACUGUGGGGGACGACUAGACAAGCCUUCUGGGUCUUUUCAAACUCCGAACUGGCCUGAUCGAGAUUAUCCAGCAGGAGUGACUUGCUCUUGGCAUAUUGUAGCCCCAAAGAAUCAGGUGAUAGAGUUAAAAUUUGAGAAGUUUGAUGUGGAGAGAGAUAAUUACUGCAGAUAUGACUUUGUGGCAGUAUUUAAUGGUGAGGAAAUCAACGAUGCUAAAAGAAUUGGGAAAUAUUGUGGAGACAGUCCACCAGCGCCUAUUGUAUCUGAACGAAAUGAAUUGCUCAUACAGUUCUUGUCUGAUUUAAGUUUAACUGCCGAUGGCUUUAUUGGUCAUUAUAAAUUCAGACCCAAAAAGCUGCCCACAACUACAGCUCCUCCUCCAACAGCAACUCCUCCUGCAACAACUUUGAAACCAACUGUUGCUCUCUGCCAGCAAAAAUGUAGAAGGAGCGCGAGUCUUGAGAGCAAUUACUGUUCAAGUAACUUUGUUAUAGCUGGAACUGUAAUCACAGCAGUCACACGGGGUGGCAGCUUACAUGCAGUGAUAUCAAUCAUUAAUGUAUAUAAAGAAGGAAGUUUAGCAAUCCAACAGGCUGGCAAGAACCUGAGUGCCAAGAUAACUGUUGUUUGUAAACAGUGUCCUUCCAUCAGGAGAGGUCUAAACUACAUCAUCAUGGGCCAGGUGGAAGAAGAUGGUAGAGGCAAGGUCCUGCCUAACAGUUUUGUCAUGGCUUUCAAGACUAAGAACCAAAAGAUUCUGAAUACCCUGAAAAACAAGAGGUGUUAAAAAGUAAACUCUGCACUUGUGCUCUGUCAUAUUUGUGGGAACAAUCUGUAUACAGUAGAAAUCAAAAAGAUAGAACUGAUCAUUACCAGUAAGAUUCUUGGUCUGCUCUUUCCUCCAUUCAGCAUGUCACUGGCACUGGUUGAUGUUGCUUAAAGAAGAACUUAGAGGAGAACAGUUGCAGCCUGGCCAGCUGAUCUGAAAUGUACCAAAUUCCAAAUACUUUAAAGCAGUUAAUUUAUACGCAUCUCAGAAUUUUUUUUUAGAAUUUACAUGGCAGUGUAAAAUAAGAAUUUUAAGUGCAAUAUUUAUAGCAAUUUUCACUUAGCUUUUCCUUUUAAAGUUGUUUCAUUAUAUGGGUUCUUGCAUCAUCAUCUGUGCUUAAUAAAAUUUUAAAAUUUAAUCAGAUACCAAACAGUUUUUGAACAUCACUGUGUAAAGUGGGGCAUGCUUAGAACAGACAGAAAUCCUUCUUUGAUCACUUAUGUGCUUUUGAUGCUGUGGGACUUGCCUAAUAAGAGAGGGAUCACAUUUUCCUUUAGAGGGCUCAUUAAAGGCCUGUAUCCAUUGAAGUCAAUGAAUCUUUCCACUAAUGUCAGUUAAAAUUAGAUUAAUGCUUUGAAGAAUUGAAGUGUACUACAAUACAAUGCUUUUAUCUCCUGAUGACUACAUUCUGUUAGGCAGUUAGCUUUCCCUAUAUAGGAAAGGGGUAGCGAGUAACGCAGUGGCAGUGAACUACACCUGUGAAGUUUGAAUUUUGAUCGCUACCAUGAAAGAAGCACAAUAGAGUGCUGCUCAGCCAGGCAGCAGCAUGUAAGUGGUAGCAUAUCUGUCUCUGCUGAUUCAUGUAGCUUUAAGUACUACAAAGCAUAAGCAUUUCAUUUUAAUUGGACAGCAGUAUCAUAUCCACCCACUAUACAUAAAGGAAAAGGCCUGAAGUAGGAUGGAGGGGCUCACAGUAAAACACAAGUUACUGCCCUAUGUUAGCUUUAUCCAUUAUAUCUGGUCAAAACCUUAUUCCAAAGUUGCAGGGCAGCAAUGAGGAGCUCAGGGAGGAAUGCAGCUCUUACAGACUGAUAACGGAGAAGUUGAAGAACUCUAGGGAAGGUAAACAUCGAGCUAUGUUUAUACAAUCAAAUAGUUAUGCAAAGGCUCAACUCUGCCAAUACAAAAUUGCCCACGGAAGCAUCUUAGACUUGAGUGCCUGAGAAGAGACUUUUCUAUUGUUAAUAUUGUUCAGAGGGCCUCUUAUACUUUGGCAUGCUAUGAAGAGACCUCUUAAUAAAGAUCAUCAAAAUAGAAGUAUAACCAAGUAAGAUGCAAAUGUUCUUAAAGCAGCACCAAGUUGAAAAUAGUGUUUCCAAACUGAUUCUGCUACUAAUUGCAUUAUUGUAGUGCUUGAAAGCAUUAACUGGUACUGGAAACCACUGUACAAAGGGCUCCACAGGCUGGAGUUGACCUGUAGGCUGCUGACCCCUGAACUAGACAAAGAAUAAAGGGGAAGGCAAAGUGGAGGUACAGAAAGAUAAAGUCACUUGCUGAGCCUAAAGGUGAUGGACCCAGCAGUGGAACAUGGAUCUGCUGACUGCUUGUCUUUUGCCCUAUUCACCACAACCCAGUUAACCUUUUUUUAUUAUUAUUUGGAAAAAGUCUCAGUGGUAGCCAUUUCCAAAUCAGAUUUUAAUUCUCCAUAUUAAACCUGGUUUUCAAAUACAGGUUUCUACGCAAAUAGAGAGAAACACUACAUUGGUCCUACUUGGUCUGUCAAGGGCAAAAGACAGAUACCUUAGAGACAUUUUUGAAGCUGCUUUUGCCAGAAACAAAAGGCAAAUCAAAACCCAACAUUUUUAUUUAGAAAGAUGAAGACAGACAACACUGUGGUACAGCUUUGGCUAUAGCUUCCCCCUGCUUCUGUUACAGUUGUGCAUGAAGAAUACUUAAAACUACUAGCAAGAGAAGGAAAUAUUCCUGUAUAAGGAGUAAAACAAAUUAAUGUGAUCAAGAAAAAAAGAUAACUUCCUAUGGCAAAAAUACAGCACUUGGGGGGAGUGAGGGAGGAGGAGGGAAAGAUGAAAGAAAUCCCCAAAAAAUCAGUAUAUCCCAACAGUCUCAAUAGAAGAAAUGUUUACUGCUGCUAAGUCUUGAUAGUAUUUGAAUGAAAAAAUUAUAAAUCCUACACCCAAAUAAAUUCUAAUCAAAUGU